GCAUCUCACAUCCCAUCACUCCUCCUUUGAGCUCAUUGCAAUAUACCAAAAGCCUCGCUCGACCUCGUCCGAGUGAAACUUCCAGCACAAAACGCAACAAUCCUCGGCUCGUCAGCUUCAACCACAGUUACCUGACCGUUGCGACGCUUGACAACCUUAGCUGCGUUUCAUAACAUCAAAUACACCUCUCAGCUCGCGCUACAAAUCUCCAAGUCACCGGAAUCCAGCUUCUUGACGAUUUGCAACGCUCGCUUCUGAACGGCAACACUCGAACGCCUCCAAUCUCCCAAAACCACAACAGCAAGUCCUCUCCUUCUCCUCCAAGAAACGCAGACAACAACAUGCACGAAGCUUGGUACAAGUGGUCGGAGGCGACAAAAGCGGCAGCCCAGUCUUCUUCUCGGCCAUUCAAAAUGGAGCACCACUACCACGCUCGCCCCCGAGGCCGCUUUGGCCUUGGCAUUGUGCUCGGAACGGUGAUUGGCGUCUACGUUGCCCAGAACUUCCAGGUAUUCCGAAAGCGCGAUGGUGAUGCUGCUGCAACGAGCUGCCACCGCUCGCAACCACCGCCACUGCCACCACCGAGCCCUGCUCAGCAGCAGUCGGUGGCAACUGCAGCCGCGACGGCACACGAGUGGCUGGAUGCGAUGCACGAGCGCGUUGGUCGCUGGGAGCAAUGGCACCAGCAACACCACCAGCAGCAGCAACAGCAACACCACCAGCAGCAGCAGCAGCAGCAGACUGCCUCGGCCCCAUCGCCAUCUGAGGCAACCAUCACCAACUCGAGUGCAGUCCCACAGACCAUCACCAUCCCACCAGGCGCGCGCGUCGUCAUCACCUCACCCGAUGCCUGAAACUGCAUCAUGCUGUGUUGGUUUUUGAGGCAAUCUGAAACUGACCCUGACCCCUUGCUUUGCUGUCUUCUUGUCUCUGUUUGUUGUGUUGUCUAUAUUGCUCUGUUGAUGUGUCUUUGUCUUGUAUGUCGUGUUGAUGUGUGUGUGGGGGGGAUUGGGGUUGGGUUGCUAGGUUCCAAAUAUUGUCACAAUGGUCAAACGCACCAUUGAACAGCCGCCAAAGUAGCUGUGUUGACCUUUUUUUUUUUGCCCAACAACACUGCCUGGUGCUGUUGCGUUUCAAGAUUGCCCGUUGACUGUGUGUGAAACUCUCGUCGCCAACAUGUUAAAACGCCAAAAAAAAAUUGAAAAAAUGA